AUUGUCCUAUGAAAUGAGAGCAUGACCAGCAAACACAGGCACGAGCACCACCCCUAUGAUUAUACAGUUCUUUAUCAUUUCUUUUUACAUAAUCUCUGACAUGAUCGAAGGUCUGCCGUCCGAUAACAAUGCUGAUCUAAGCUUUUGACAAGCCGCUUGUUCUGGCCAUUUGUUGUGCCAACGCUUAGUGGAUACGUCCAGAUCAGUGAUGAGGACUUGCGGUAUGCGGCUUAUCCACUCUCAUGCUGGCUGAGUGCUGAAAACUUAAUGUGGGUCGCUCUGCGACUCCCACUACAGCUCCUGCCAUGGGGAAUACCGCCACCAAGUUUCGUAAAGGACUUAUCAGUGGAGACGAAUUCCUGGCUUGCCAGCUUUAUGAGAGCAACCCCCAAUUUAAAGAGGCUCUGGAGCCCAACGCAUCUUAUGGGGAGCCCUAUCAACACAACACACCCCUGCAUUACGCCUCACGCCAUGCCAUGACACGCCUCAUCAGGUCUUUCCUUUUCUCCAAAGAUGGCAACCCAAACAAGUGCAACGUUCACAAUGAGACUGCAUUGCACCUACUGUGCAUGGGCCCGCAGAUCCUGCUGAGUGAGGGGGCGCUGCAGCCGCGGAUCAGCCGCCCCCAGGAGGAUGAACGGAAGCGGGCUGAGUGCCUCCAGAUGAUCCUGCAGUGGACCGGAGCCAAGCUGGACCAGGGCGAGUAUGAGAGAGCCAAUGUCAAUGCCACAGACAACAAAAAGAGCACCUGCCUGCACUACGCGGCAGCGGCUGGCAUGAAGAACUGUGUUGAGUUGUUAGUGAAGAACAAUGCAGAUUUGUUUGUGGAGAACGAGGACAGGGAGACGCCGUGUGACUGUGCGGAGAAACAGCAUCACAAGGAGCUGGCGCUCAGUCUGGAGUCUCAGAUGGUUUUCUCUCAGGAUGCUGGAGCUCAGGAGAUAGAAGCAGAGUAUGCCGCCCUUGACCGACGAGAGCCAUAUGAGGGAUUGAAACUGCAAGACCUGCGUCGGUUGAAAGACAUGUUGAUAGUGGAGACGGCGGAUAUGCUGCAGGCUCCUCUCUUCACGGCUGAGGCCCUGCUGCGAGCUCACGACUGGGACAGGGAAAAACUUCUAGAAGACUGGAUGUCUAAUGCGGAGGACUGCUGCCAGCGCUCAGGUGUUCAGAUGCCAACUCCCCCACCGAGUGGCUACAAUGCUUGGGACACUCUGCCUUCUCCUAGAACCCCGAGAACAACUCGCUCCUCUGUCACCUCCCCUGAUGAGAUCAGCCUGUCUCCUACUGAUGGCCUUGCCCUGUGUGGAAUUUGCAUGGGCAGCAUAUCUGUGUUUGAGGACCCUGUGGAUAUGUCGUGUGGGCACGAGUUCUGCAGGGCAUGCUGGGAAGGGUUUUUGAAUCUGAAGAUCCAAGAAGGGGAAGCACAUAACAUAUUUUGCCCUGCUUACGACUGCUUCCAGCUGGUUCCUGUGGAGGUCAUUGAAAGUGUUGUCUCCAGAGAGAUGGAUAAGCGCUACCUGCAGUUUGACAUUAAGGCUUUUGUGGAUAAUAAUCCUGCCAUUCACUGGUGCCCCAUAGCCAGAUGUGAAAGAGCCGUACGACUGACUAGGCCAGGCCCUGGAGCUUCUGACCCUCGGAGCUUCCCCUUGCUCAAAGCCCCCGCUGUAGACUGUGGCAAAGGCCAUCUCUUCUGCUGGGAGUGUCUUGGUGAUGCUCAUGAACCUUGUGACUGUGAGACAUGGAAGAUGUGGCUGCAGAAAGUGUCUGAAAUGAAGCCUGAAGAAUGUAGGAGCUCCAGACAAUUCAGUCUGCACCUUUACUUAAUAUAUGCACCUUCACCUAUACCUUAUUUAAUGGAUUGCAAGUAUGAUUUCUGCUGGAUUUGUCUUGAGGAAUGGAAGAAACACAGCUCCUCUACCGGAGGAUACUAUCGCUGCACGCGCUACGAGGUCAUCCAACAGGUGGAGGAGCAGUCCAAGGAGAUGACUGUGGAGGCAGAAAAACAGCACAAGAGUUUUCAGGAACUUGACCGUUUUAUGCAUUAUUAUACACGUUACAAGAAUCAUGAACACAGUUACCAGUUAGAAGAACGACUCCUGAAAACAGCCAAAGAAAAGAUGGAGCAACUAAGCAAAGCUUUCAUUGGAAGGGAAGGAGCCCCACCUGACACCACUUUCAUUGAGGAUGGUGUGCAUGAACUUCUCAAGACCCGACGCAUCCUUAAGUGCUCUUAUCCAUAUAGUUUCUUCUUGGAGCCCAAAAGCACAAAGAAAGAAAUAUUUGAACUUAUGCAGACUGAUUUAGAGAUGGUCACCGAAGACCUUGCUCAGAAGGUGAACAGGCCUUACCUCCGCACCCCUCGCCAUAAGAUCAUCAGUGCCACGUAUCUGGUGCAGCAGAAGAGACGGGAGUUCUUGGCCUCUGUGGCUCGAGGUGUCGCCCCAAAUGAUUCUCCCGAGGCUCCCCGCCGCAGUUUUGCUGGUGGGACGUGGGAUUGGGAGUAUCUGGGAUUUGCCUCUCCUGAGGAAUACUCAGAUUUCCAGUACAGACGGAGACACAGGCAGAGGCGUAGAGGAGACCUUCUCAGACUGCACAGCCUUCGCAGUAACACCCCUGAACCACAUGACUCCAAUGACAACACUUUAGAAACACAUGAGGGAGGCAAUACAUCAAGACAUGGGAUCGCCACGGAACUUGGGUCUCUGGAUGAAGAUGACCCCAAUAUUUUGUUGGCUAUUCAGCUGUCCCUACAGGAGUCCGGGCUGGCCUUGGACCCCGAGUCUCAGGAUGUGCUCAGUAACGAUGCCUCUGUUGGUGCCAGUGGUUCCUCUCUGCCCUCUAGACUGGAUUCUGCGCCCCAUACUGCGGAUCCCCCCCGAGCUUCCAUGAGCAGCUCUGAGCUUCUGGAGCUGGGAGACAGCCUUAUGAGACUGGGCAACAUUACCAGUCACUAUACACCCUUUAACAUGAAUUCCUACCCUGAUGCCUUGGGUAACGCCUUCACCCCUAGUGACCCAGACUGCCUGGACCCUUCCACCAAUGCCAACCUGCUUGGCAACAUUAUGGCCUGGUUCCAUGAUAUGAAUCCACAGAGCAUUGCACUGAUUCCCUCAGCCACCUCAGAUGCCAGUCCUGAGCCUCCCGUUUUUGGAGAGGGACAACCUGCCAAAGCCCAGGAUGAGGAGAAUGAGGUGGGGAGUCCUGAGCAGNGUUCCCUAUCGCUAAUGAAAGAGAGCGCAGAUGUGUUGGCAUCGCAGCUUUUGGAGCUAGAAUGUGUGGAUGAUGCACAACCUUCUAAAGCAGAGCCAGACUUGGAGGGUUCGAGUGGCAGUGUAGAUCUCACUAGCGCAGUUUGUCCGGAGAGCAGUACUGAUCGGGAUCCGCAGGUAACCGACCUCUCCUUAGAGUGGGAGGAAGAAGUGCACCUAGUGUGAGGAACAAGUCUAAUUAUGUUUACCAACUGAGUGCUCUUAUCGUGCCAAAACACAAAAUAAAAGCAGAAUUGCUUGUUAAGAAAUGGAGAAGCGUGAACCAGGUGCAUUGGUGUUAGACGGGACUUG